UAUUUUUUGCUACUUAAUCGAACGUCGAAGACAAUGAACGCAUUCAUGUGCCGCAUACCAAGCAUAAUAAGCCCAAGGAUUAAGGUCGAGAAUGCAUCAUUAUCAUCAUAGUCAUUUUAUGCAAAAAGGGCAAAUGGACGCCCAAUCAGCAGACAUCUUUUGAGUGAUAUCUGAUAGAGAUUUGUCACAUCAUGUGCAAAUCCUUCUCAUCUCAUAACUGAUUCAACAACGCAGGAGGACAGAGGAGAGAGCAAGAGACAGUUAGACAGAGAGAGAGAGAGAACGAGAGAAAGAUUACCAUUAUACAUCCUUCAGCCUCUUGAAAUCGGAUCAAAGAUCAUGGGCAGUUUACCAAAUCUACACGAUUUGGAAGUGGCCGAACGCAAGCGAGAAAAACGUCGUGAAUAUGAGUUACUAUUGGAGCAACGGGCCAGGGAUACAAGCCGUGAACGGGAACGCCUAACGGUAUUUGCCCAACAGCGCAAGCAAUCCUCGUAUAAUGCUUAUAUCAUGGCUGGCCUUGGCAUUGGCGGAGGUUCACUUACCACCAAUGGUCAUGGUCAUGGAAAAGGUAAUGGUGAGCUGCUAAACACUGGGAAUGGUGCCGCAACGACAGCAGCAACAUCUGCAACAACAACAGCAACAUCGACAGCAACAACAGCAGCAACAACAGCUGCAACAACUGCAGCAACAACUUUAAGCGGAUUUGCCAUGUUUGGUAUGAGUAGCAGUGUGGUGACCAAGAAAUAUCCCCAUGCAUCCACGCAUCAUCAUUUGCAUCAUCAUCAUCAGCAACAGCAACAGCAGCAGCAGCAACAACAACAGCUGCAACAUCAUCGCCAUUCACUGACCACAAGGCAUCGCGUGCUGCGUACACGCAGUUCGGGCGCCACUCAAAACGUUUGGGAUGAGCAAAUGAUGGAGCAUUUGACAACGACAUAUUCUCCAUCUCCGAUAUCAACACGUUCCCAUCGUAUCAAUCCUGUGUCCUCAUACCAAGUGCAAGCUGCACUUGCAGCUAGCCGACGUCGAGAGUCCAUAAAUAGUUCGAUUGGAGCCACUUCGAUUAGACGCCUGAUCACAUUGAAUAAUCGGAAUUGUCGGCAUAAGGUGCCAGCACAUGUGCGCCAAAAGGUUUGGCAACAUUUUGGUUGCCUCAGCAUUGGACACGGUCUAAUGUGUGCAGUGAUGUUUCCAGUGAUGGCCUUACAGGGCUCCAAUUCGGUGUGGCAUCAUCGGGAAUUGUGGGUGCCAAUUGGGCCCAAUAUUGGUUCAAUGCUAUUGAGCGGUAUGUUCCUAUUGGCUGCUUGCAUGUGCCUGCCCAGCAUACGAUUAAUUCGACGCUAUGGUUAUACACCGCUGGUUGCCCUCAAUUAUUUUACGGUGUUUCUCUUUGUGCUGGCUCAUUUGUAUGCCUCGAUUUAUACACUAGUUCCGGCGUAUCUGUUGCUCGGAUUGACCCUGAGUGGGGCAACGGGCUGUAAGGCGGCAUUGAUUGUCCACUAUGGAGGCAAAUUGAGUUGCUCACAGAAUGCGAGCUGCGAACAGUCAUCGAAUGCCACAUCGGAUAUGCUAUUGCAGGAGGAGCACAAAAUGUUUUGCAAUCGAGAUCAGAAGGUGCGUCGUUUGGCCCGCUGGUUUCGUGCCUCACAGGAUUUGGGCCUUAUUGUUGGAGCGCUGCUGGCUUCAUUCAUGUUAUCCUGUGACUUGGAUGUUUUUGGCAGCACUUGGAACUGUGAGGUGUUGAUUGGCAAUGAUACGAAUAACAAUUUGAAUGGCAAUGCUAAGCUUGAAGAUUUCUACAAUCGCAAUGAGCAUGGCGAAAGAAUUUGUGGUGCCGACAUGUGUCCACUGCGCACCAACAGUUUGAGUUCAUCCAUUUGGUCGAAUGAUACACGUUCCAUCUAUGCUGAUUUUAUUGAUAGUUCUACUCGUAAUGGUGGGCAAUCUUUACUCUGGUUGUAUCUACCAUUCUCGUUGGCCUCUCUAAUGCUAUCGCUCUUGGUGAUGAUGGCUCCCUCAUCUCCAACACAGCCAGCACCAUUAUCAGCAUCAGCGGCCGGCAGACAAGAGCGAGGUCAUCUCAAGGAUAUUGUCUCUCUAACAGCAGACACGGUGCUUUUUGCCGGACCAUUGGCCUACUUCGUGGGCACCGAACAGGCCUAUAUGUUGGGCGAUUUCUUGCGAGCCUUUGUGUCAUGCUCUUUGGGCAUUGGUAUGAUAGCCGGAGCUCUAAUUGGCAUGGGAUUAAUGCAACUAAUUGUAUCCUGCACCUUGAGUAUGCUAUUACGACAUGUCAAACGGAUUGUAGUGAUAUUGGCCGGUUUCUUUUUCCAUUCCUGCCUUCUGUUGGCCCUGUCCAGCUGGAAACCAUCAAGUGAUGAUAGUGCUCUUUUCUAUGUGAUAGCGGCCUCGUGGGGCGCCUGCAAUGGAAUGUGGGAAACACUCUUGCUUUCCUUGGUCACACUGAAUCAUGCCAAUCAAGUGGCCGAAAUUUCUGCCCCUUUGCAGGCUCUGCGUUUCCUUGGUCUGGGCGUGACAUUCGCAGCCCAUGGUUUUCUAUGCGAAUCAUUAAAAAUUAUUGCUCUUGUUGUGCUGCUAGUGAUUAGUGUGCCGCCAUAUGCCAUGUUGGAGACUCGUCUGGAGGCACAACGCAAGGCAACGCUUAUAAGCUUAUGACGCAGCUUCUUCAGCUAGUCGCGACAGAUGCGACGGGACAAUGUGGCACGCACACAUACCAUGUGAGAUUAGCUGCAAGCUGAACACAAUGAUCACCACAGUCACCGUCGAACCGUGGAACCAUCCAGCAAUCUUCCAUCAUCAUUAUCACCAUCUUCAUCGGUCAUCGUCGUCAGUAUUGAGAGAAAGAGGAAACUGCAGUUUAGUAUAUCUACGUCAAGUCUGCGUUGUGAGGCUGAGGCUACCCUGAGAACAAAGAGAAAGCGGAUCACAUAGGGAAUUAUAGUGGGCAAUUUGUUGGACGCAAUAAUUGCUUUCCAUUAAAAUCCAUUAUUUCUGUCCAAGGAAAAGCAAAAAACAAACCCCAAUUAUUUUUGAAUGUUUACAUUUUCUGAAAUUAAGUCAAAAAAACAGAUCAUCGAAAUCUAUAAAUUGGCAUGGCAUACUUUAAGGCGUCUUAAAUUUAAAGAAGCAAAAGAUUUCAAUAAAUAGUUUCUCUCGACCUUCCCAAAAUUGUUGAUGCCAACAAAAGAAAAAAAACUAAAUAGAGCAACGUAAUAGCAAAAUAAAAUCAAAAGUCCUGUCUCACAACUCCCCAUAAAUUACCCCCGAACAUAUGAAUUUGUAUGUACAUUCAUACAUAUAUAUGUAUGUAUGUAUGUAUACUUAAGCGUAGUUUAGGCGUAACUUUAGCAUUUACCAGUGCCAAUAAUGUUGUUCCAUGUCUAUAAAAACUAACUAUCCAACCAUUCUACUAUACUAUUACUCUCUAAAUGAAUAUCUUUAUGUAUGAGUGUAUCUACUAUAUGUUUGAGUAUGUAUGUAUAUGUUUGUAGUAUAUUUUCAUGACUAGAAAGAUCUUAAAACACAAUGAAUUCUGCCAAAGGGCCUUAGCUUAGGAAGUGAUCUAACUACAUGGAUUUAAGCAACAAAAACAUUUGUGCCAUCACCAUUAGGGUAUUUCUCCAAUUUCUAAAGUUCAAGCAAAUAUUGUUUACAACCCAAAUUUUAAGUUAAAUGCAAAUAAAGCAGACGCAGCAGAUCUAGGCACAUAUUUCCCCUAAAGGCAGUCGAAAAAUAAAAAUAUUUAAAAACUGUAACAUUCUUUGCAUUCUUUUUCCAGGAUAUUCAAAAAGUUUUUUACACGUUGACUGUUUAAGGGGAGCAUUUUCUUAGGGCCAAAAUUUUAUUCCAUUCUCCUGAAUGUAUGUAUAAUUGGUCUAGCAUAUAAUUCAUUAGAGUAAAAAAUUGUUAUGAUCACCAGGUGAAAUCAUAAUGUUAACAUUUUAUAAUUGAAA